GCACGACAUCAGAUAUACGGGACACCGGGACACGAGAGCGCAGGGAGAGAGUGAACUACCAAAACAUGAGGCCGUCACUAUGUCAAAAAACUGGAAUAACAUUUAAACUUAAAAAGAAAUCUUGAGGCUUUCCUCUCUGGGUGGAACUCUUUGGCAGGUAUAUAUCUAUUCCAGUAUCUGAGAUUCGCUGACAGGACGUCCAGCUCAGAAAAUGAAAUCUCAUGAGGGAGAACUGGAGAGAGAGAUCUCUAAGGUUCAGGGCAUGGUGUGUGAGUUGCGGGCAGGGUUUUCUCGUGCGCUGCUGGAGCUGAAUCAGAUUCAGCAGGGAGACACUGAGCUGCAGAGUCAGCUGGAGGACACAAGACAUGGCUGCAACAAGCGCGCCCUUCACCUCGAGACUCUAGUGCUGUCCCUCAAGGAGGAGCUGGAGGAGGUACGUUGUCAGUUUCGUCAACUCUGUGAGACACAAGACAGAAAACCAGCAGAGAAUCCAGGAAUAGAGAAUAAUGGCGUGGAUGACAGUAGCGGACAGAGUAAUGGUGCUGCCGAGGCUCCUCCCCUUUCACCUGUGGGCGGAGAUUUCCUCAUACACUGUUACCUGCAGGGUUUACAGGUGUGGCAAUGGACCAGACAGAAUACAGGUGGAGAUUCUCUUUCCUGCCAUGGAUCACACAGCUGCCUGCGGAGGGGCAGGAGGCGGGGUGUGGUGGAGAUGCUGUUGCGGUCUGAACGCGAUUAUGUGUCUAGUUUGAAUCAGCUCUAUGAGAAAUACAAAUCUGCUGAGCAAAAUGUGGCGUUUGUAAAGCAUAUUGAUCAGAUGCUACAGCGCCACCUGCUCUUCCGCAACACCCUAGAAGAACGACUGACCAUGAAUGAGAGAAGCUGUGCUGCCGGGGAUGCUUUCCUCAACCUCACUGGACAGAACAACAAGUCUUUCUCUGAUGCAUAUCUUGGAUACGUGGCUAGUCUGGGAACUCUCCUGAGAACUUUACCACACAGCAAUUCACAAAAUGCAAAGGAGGAGAAAGAGAGCUUCAGAUUGCUUUCACUACUAUUCGCUCCUGUUUCCCGCAUCCACACAUACCUAAACAUCAUACAGGCCUUGUUACACAGUUCUGGUGCUGGGCAUGCAGACUGGUGUUCACUACAGGAGAGCGAGCGGGUGCUGUGGGACCUCUGCACAAGCUGUCACAUGACCUUGGCAAAGGCGGGGCCAUGCGAAAAGGGGGUGGGGUCUGAACAAGGAAGCAGGUGUUGUGCCCAGAGCCCCGACUGUGGCCCUUCCGCUUUUACCAAGUACUGUGCCAACAUUAAUGCGGAUACAGCCAGCGUCACAGCGGGCGCAGGCAUAGACAGCACUGUACACCAGAGGAAAUGCUGUCGUGUUGGCAUCUCACAGACGCUACCUCGGCCCAGUGGCAUUUUAAGAAAGGGCCGUGAGCAUAUGUGUGAUCUGCCCCCUGGUGGCUGGACAGCAGAGUGCAUGUGGAAUGGCAGCGCAGGGCAGACCCACACGGGUCCCAUCUGCGUACCCUUCCCUCGUCAUUCUAGAGAAGCUGGCUGCUUUCUGAAGCCCGUCACAGCUGUAGGUGUUGGGGGAAACCUCACAACUGCUGCCAAGAGUCAGAGAUCCUCGGCUGGUCUGGCCGUGCGUGUGUGUGGUUCCCCUGGGCUCGAUGGACGUGUGUACACCUCUGACCUGUACCCUCCACCACGUCGUUUCGAUGAUGGGGACACCGACUGUGACGUGGCCGACGCAUCCGUUUUUGACUUCUCUUCAGUAACGACCUGUAGCCCAGAUGAAACUCUGAAUCGGCUCAGGGGAGCGGAAGAUGAGGAUGAUGAUGAAGAGGACAGUGAGGUUCCAGUUCUCCUCAAACCUUCAUACACUCACAACACUUCAGCCGUGCAGACAGGGGGAGGAUUAUGCAUGCCGUGGCAGAUUCCCAGACGGGCUCCUAUUCCUGCGGAGGUUCGCAUUGGGGGGCAAGGAAAAACACGUGCCCCAAAACCACACAGAAUCCCCACCAGUGCCUUCCGGCCGAUUUGGGACCCCACUUACUCACAGGGUGAUGCAACUCCUGCAAAAGAGAACUCUGUGUCUUUCAGCUCGACCAAUCAGAUCAUUAAUCAGCAGCAAGAGACUGACCAAUCACGAUCUGCAUAUAGAGGGGCUGGAGUCCAGCGGGCUGAAGCAGUGUGGCAUGACAGUGAGGACAGCGAAGGACCCUGCAGUACAGUCUGACACAAACUACUGCAGCUGAUCAUACACAGGGAACGUCUCUGCUUCAUCCAAUGAAAUAACUGGAAUCUUUUUGAAGAAUCUGAGAUUGCAAAUGACAAGUUCUCACUGUGAA